AGGCCAAUAGGCAAUAGGGCGUAGGCUAUAGAUGUGUAUAGUAUAGAAGUCAGAGAUCGCACUUUGAGGAAAAAGACAAGAAAAAGAGGCCGAAAAUACAGUAAAGCCAAAGGUAAACAAAAGCAGAGCUUCAAAGGGGUUGAAUUGAGUUGGAAGUUGUAAGGGAGACGAGGUGAAGUUGAGUUGGAAGUUGAGCGUAAGUUGAGUUGGAAAGUAAAAGCUUUGGAGUUUGGCCUUUGCCUAUAAAAAAAAACCGAAUAACAAUACAAAUAUCACAAUCUACAUCUUUUUCUAUCAGAUAGAUUAAUAAUUGUGAUUUUGGUGAAAUUGAUUAAACAGCAAAUUAAGAUGAAGAUUACUGUAAUGACCACGGAUGAGCAAAUCAUCACCUUAGAUGUCGAUCCUGCUGAAGCUGUCGAAAAUGUCAAGGCUUUGCUUGAAGUGGAGAGUGGGGUGUCGUUGCAGCAGCAACAGUUGUUGUACAAUGGCAAGGAGAUGAAGAACCAUGAGAAGCUCAAUGGCCUCGGCGUUGGCGAUUUCAUGAUGGUUUCUAAUAAUGCUGCUGCCCCUGGUUCAUCUUCAAAUGACCUGGGCCUCAAUCCUGAUGGGUCUGCUGUGAACCCUGCUGCUUUUCAGCAGCAAAUUCGGCGUGAUUCUAAUAUGAUGGCUCAGCUGUUUCAGAGUGAUCCCGAGUUUGCACAAGCAAUAUCUGGGAAUGACCUGAACAAGCUACAAGAGAUUUUGCGGCAACGCCAUCAUCAAAGGGCAGAAUUGAGGAAGAGGGAAGAGGAGGAACUUGCAUUGCAUUAUGCAGACCCUUUCGAUGUGGAUGCACAGAGGAAGAUAGAAGCUUCCAUUCGCCAGAAAGGAAUUGAAGAAAAUUGGGCAGCAGCCCUUGAACACAAUCCUGAAGCUUUUGCUAGAGUGGUUAUGUUGUAUGUGGAUAUGGAAGUGAAUGGUGUUCCAUUAAAGGCUUUUGUUGAUAGUGGAGCUCAGUCAACAAUAAUAUCUAAAAGUUGUGCAGACCGUUGUGGACUGUUAAGGCUGUUGGAUGAACGAUAUAAAGGAAUUGCUCAUGGAGUUGGUCAGACAGAGAUAUUGGGUCGGAUACAUGUGGCUCCCAUCAAGAUUGGGAAUGUGUUUUACCCUUGUUCCUUUACAGUCCUUGACUCAGACAACAUGGAGUUCCUCUUUGGUCUUGACAUGCUUCUUAAACAUCAGUGCAUAAUUGAUUUGAAGGAGAAUGUACUGAGAGUUGGUGGAGGAGAGGUUUCUGUGCCCUUUUUGCCUGAAAAGGACAUCCCCUCUCGAUUUCUGGAUGAAGAGAGGUUUUCCAAACAGGCUUCUGGUUCAGGGGCUCAGGUUUCAUCAGGAAGCAAAGGCACUAGGGAUGUUCCAACUGGAAGUCAACCUUCCGGAGGUGCUGGUGGGAAUCUUAGUCAGGGCUCCGAUUUUGAAGCAAAAGUCGCAAAGCUUGUGGAGCUAGGAUUUGAAAGGAAUGAUGUUAUACAAGCUCUCAAGCUCUUCAACGGUAACGAAGAGCAGGCAGCCGGGUUUCUCUUUGGAGGGUGAUGAGAGUAUUGCUCAAAUAUUAUACAGGAUUCCUUUAUUACCAAGACACAAAAUUAUACUUUUGGUACUUUCUGUUGAAACAUUUUGGAAAACUAUUUAUUAUAAUUUAUUAAUUAUAAACUUGUUUUAUAUAUAAAGUGAGAUCAGUCUUGUAAUAAAACGAAUUGACUUGGCUAGGAGAAUGUGGUUUAGUCUGUU